CUCCUCCCUUCCUCCCUCCCUACCUCUCUGUGGCAAUUGUAAACUUGCUGCAGUUGAGCCAGAGUGAUACGGGCAGAAGUGUAGCAUAGACUAAUUGGUGCUGUGCAUUUCUUUUAGCUCAGUUUUCUGUGGACUCUCAUAAACACAGCUUCCUGUAAUCUUAGUCUCUUUUCAAUCUCUAAGUCUUCAAUAAAGGUAUACCAGACAUUGUGAAGAUGGCCUGCUUUAGAUUUUUGAAAACGAUGAUGUUUAUUUUCAAUGGAAUCAUCUUUUUGGCCGGAGCAGGUAUCUUGGCUGUAGGUAUCUGGGUGAAGGUAGAUAAAUACUCAAUCAUGAGCACUCUACAAGUCCUGCCUGGGGCUCCACCUGAGCUGAAGCAGGUUCUGAAUGUAGGUUACCUGCUGAUUGCUGUGGGAAGCGUGCUGCUGCUGCUUGGCUUUCUGGGCUGCUGUGGCGCUGUUCGCGAGAGCCGGUGUAUGCUGCUUACAUUCUUUGUCAUUAUCCUGAUAGUCUUCAUUGCUGAGGUUGCUGGAGCAAUUGUGAUUUUGGUUUUCAAGGGACUCAUACAAAAUCUGGUAAAUCAAGUGGGAUCCACUAUAGUGGACAGCAUUCGAAAAGACUACGGUGCUAAUCCAGAUGUUACAGGACUCUGGAACGCUACUAUGGACUUGCUAAAUUGCUGUGGAUUCAACAACUAUACAGAUUUCACAGGUUCUCCUUACGUCCAAAACAACAAUCUGUAUCCAAGCCAGUGCUGUCUGGUUCAACCCUGUAGACAGUUUAAUGCUACAGUUGCGAAUGUUAUUGGAUGUUACCCUGUACUGAUAAAAUUUGUUGACUCAAAUACAGUCAUCAUCAUAGCUGUUGCCUUGGGCAUCGCAGCACUUGAGCUCUUUGCCAUGGCUGUCUCCAUGACCUUGUAUUGCCAAAUAAAAUCUGCAGAAGCUUGAAACCUGACACAAUAGAACAUCUGUGCUUUACCUUUACAAAAUAUUGACUAAAAAGCAUUUUAACAUAAAUGAUAAAAAAAAAAAUUAAACUGUGUUUAUUUUUAAUACUUGAACAUUUGACAUGUGCGCAAUAAUAUAAUAACAUCCUCUCUCCCGUAAGUGAUUCAUUGUGAGUAAUGUUUAAUUUUAUUGUUUAGUUGAGAUGAUUUAAUGACUAUUCGCAAAACAUUAAAUUCUAAAUAGUCUUUUAAUUAAAUUUUUUUUGCAGUUGACGUAUCAAGAAUAUUAUUGCAAUAAAUAUUAUAGAAACUAUAUAUUUGUGAUUUAUCUUCCUUAGAAAUGCACCUUUACAAAACUGAUCUUUGUAAAUAAAUAGAAAAAAAGAAGCUAUGAACCUUUAAAUUAAGUGAAUAUGUAUAGUAUGUUUUAUGUCAAUAUGAAAUUUUGAAAGAAAUAUUGAAAAUAUGAAGGAUUUUAUUUUUCAUAUGUAUAUAUGCAUUUUUUUCUUUCUCUGAAUUCUGAAGUCUACUAAUAAGUGCAGAAAUUCAUAUCUUAUUAAAUAAUUCAGUAAAUGGUGCAUAAUUGUUAUAAUUCUUUUAAUAAGAACCUUUAAAGUUGCAGUUUAUUUACUGUUGUUUAUUUUGAAGUAUAUUAUUCAGUACUGUGGAUUUUCACCUACUGUAAAAAACUACACAGGAAAUGUCCAGUUUGGACUUAUAUACAUAAUAAUAAUACUGUUGCAUUAUUUGAUUUAUUUUUUCACACAACUAUGAAAUCAUUAAACCACUUUUAUUAUUUAAUACA